AGCGCGCCGUCGUCCUGCAACUGCAAAGCAAGCCUCCCCAGCUAUAAGUAACUACGCGCAUGUACAGCACGGCCAGUAGCUCGCUCCCUUAAUUGAGCUCUCCCUCGCUCAGAAGUGGUAUUCCAAGCUAGGAUCUGAAAGGAACUGACCUCCGUCUCGUCCUUGUCACUUCUCCCUACGGUGAGGCUAGCCCAUUGCUCCAACCGAGGCCCUGUGAGAUUUGAGCUCCACAGACCGCAGCAUCGGUUUCCUGGUCUGCUCUGCUUCUUCUUCUUUUUAUCCGGCAGGCUCUGUGAUGGAGGAGUCGUUGGUGCUGGCGGCGGCCGUGCUGCUCUUGUCCUCCACCCUUGUUAAUUCAGAGUUCUGCUUGUGCCGGUCGGAUCAGCCGACGGCGGUGCUGCAGAAGGCGAUCGACUUCUCCUGCGGGCCUCAGGGCGGCGCGGACUGCACGGCCAUCCUGCAGGGUGGCGGCUGCUACAACCCCAACACCGUCGCCGCCCACUGCUCCUGGGCCGCCAAUAGCUACUACCAGAACAACAAGGCCAAGGGCGCCACCUGCGACUUCAGCGGCGCUGCCACCAUCUCCACCACCGACCCCAGUUAUUCCGGGUGCACUUUCCCUUCAAGCGCCAGUGCUGUUGGGACUGCGGGCACCACAACCGCCGGUGGCGCGACGACGGGCACCUUGAGCCCCGGUUUCGGCACGGGGACAAACGGCACCGGGAUGGGCAGCAGUAUGGGACCGACGGGCACAGGCAGCCUUGACGGCGGGGCGGCCAGCUUACUCCCCAGCGUUCAGCUGGCUGCCUUCCUCGCCAUCGCCAUCCUCUCAUUCCUAGCUCUGCAUUAGCUCCCACUAUGUUUUCGAUAUUUCUAUGAACUAUCAAAAGGGAAUUGAAUGUGAAUUGGUUGGAGCAAAUCAAUCUGUGUUGGUAGGUUUUUAAUCCUGAGCAGUUUGUUUUUUCCGUUUCUGCAUGUAGGAGUUUUUAAUCAGCUGUUUUCUGCAUGGGCCUGAGAUGUGCAUCCAUUCAGCGCCUCAGCAUUACUCGUCAUUAACGUGGGCAUCAUUAGCAUGCAUCGUAGUUAGUGUUCUAGCUCAAGUUAAUUAGUAAAUUAGUGCUUUGCCGUUUGUAAGACAUGAGAUCUGUUGUUUGGUUGAUAAAUAAAAGGAGAAAAAACCACAAAAGA